CUGUGAAACUUUACUGAGGACGUAUCAAGAUGAUGUGUUGGAUCUGGACAGUUCUCUUUGUCAGCUUAAGCUUCGGCAUCACCCUCUGCGCCCUGCCAGGAAGUACCUAUGUGAACUGCCACUCAGGGACUAAUACGCUCAUGGGGAGGAUUGAUGAAGGAUACGCAGGGACCAUAGACGUAAUGAGAGGGAAUCCAGAAAACGACACCAUACUUCUCGAGCCAUACAGGUAUCCAUCCCAUCUCGAGUUUCUGGAAUUGAACAUCACCGGAAAUGCAACACUCGGCGUGAUUCAGACAAGAAAACCUCUGGAUGCAGAAGCACUGAAAGACUCAAAAGGGAAUCUGUACUUCCUCAUAAGCUGUGCAAACAGUGGGAGGAAAAAUAUUCGUGUGAUCAUGGUCAGUAACAUCAAUGACAAUCCACCGGUCUUUGAAAAGGAUGAAUACAGGGUUAACAUAUCAGAGACCCUUCCUGUCGGUUCCUUAGUGCUCACACUUAAGGCUGUGGAUGCAGAUGUAGCUCCCACCAACAGCAAAGUCAUAUAUGCUACACUGCCGCCAGUUCCAAGCGCAUUUGAGCUGAGAGAAGAUGGAUCAAUGUUUCUGAUGGAGGCUUUGGACUACAACAACAUCAGCUCCCACAAGUUUACUGUUGAAGCACGAGAUGAGGGAGGCCUCUCGAGUAGGUCAAAUGUAAUUAUUAACGUCCAGGAUUAUGACAACCUGAACCCAUAUUUUGAACACAAUCUCUAUGAGACUACAGUACAGGAAAACUGGGUGGGGGCCGUCCCCAGGGUGCACCCAGAGCCAGUGAGGGCUUUGGAUGGUGACACUGGCAUAAACGAGACAUUAAUCUACAGCAUAUCAUCAGUGUCUCCAAGCAAGUACCAGAGCAACUUUGUUAUUGCCCCCCACACUGGAGUCAUAACUGUGAUGAGUCCACUCAACAGAGAAGAAAUCAGCUCAAUAUUAUUGGGUAUAAAGGCUUCUCAGCAAGAUGACAGCCAGAAGACAGCAGGCAGCACGUUCCUGGUUCACAUUGACGAUGCACCUGAAGCUCCUGUGUUUUCUAGUGACGUUUAUUCAGCCCAGAUUUUCAACAUCGCUCCGUACAAGUUCCCCGUCGUGAAAGUCAAGGCCACAGACCCUGACGCAGGAGAGACAGAGGUGCUGCAGUACUCCUUGGUGGAACCAAGCAACCUGUUUGCUGUAGAUCCCUCUAGUGGUCAGGUGUAUGUAGUGUCAGCUGGAGGUGAGAGUGGGAAGAUCACGCUGCAGGUGAAGGCAGAAGACAAGCUGGGCCUUCAUGACAUCACUACAGUGGAGGUCACUUUAAUAGACAGUGGCAGCAGCAACGUGGCCGUUCUGUCGUUGAAUAUGGCGGUCAAGACAGUAGAGGACAGCGCCGCCCAAGUGGAGGAGUCUCUGGGGAGGGUGUUGGGCUGGACCGUGAGGAUCAUGAGUGUAACUAAUGAUGCAGCGCUCUUUCAGAGAGAAGUCCAUCCCAAAACAUAUGUCACUUUCAUUGCAAUGGAGCCCGGCGGCACAGCAGUCCUGUCUCAGGAGGAGGUCAAACAGCGGCUGCAGAGUGAGGAGGAGAGCGUGAGGACGGAGCUGGGGAAGGUGUUCGGCCCCGGGCUGCAGGUCGGUGUGGAGGAGGGGCUUACGGGGAUCAACCUCCCCCUCGACAACCAGGCCACUGUCGUCACACUGGGGGUUUUCCUGGCUGUAUUCAUGGCUCUGGUUCCAGUCUCAGUCCUGCUAACAAGGAGACUCUCCAAAGGAAACCGUAAUGAACGCCCUUCACUGACAUCAGAACCUGAUGACAUGAUGACUCGCCUUUAAUGGAAGAAGCGGAUGUGACAUCAUCGUGUCAAAACACAUUUCUAAUGUGUGUCCUGCUCUGCUCCCUUCCGUGUCUUUUCAAAUGCGGACAUUUCUCUUGAGAUGAAAUCUGUGGUGGAAAUCUGAACUCUAUCAGCAGAUUUUACACCAUCCAUGUGAUGUUUGUUAUCUUAAAAGGAAGUGAAAAAGAAGAACAAGUGAUACACUUCAUUACUUCCCUAUACAGUCAUGAUUAUUAAAGACAGACUAGGUAAAAUACAGUCAGGAUUUUUAGAGGCAGACUAGAUAAAAUACAAUGAAAUUAUCCUCGCCUUGUGCUACCACCAUGUGACUGAUCCAUGUUCAAAUAAAUAAAUGAAUAAUAAAACAUAUUUAUCAA